GCCCUCAACGACGGAAAUGCCAUCUAAUGAGCCUUGCGCUAACCCUCUCCUCCUAGGAUGGAUGGAAGAAUGGAUUACAAACGCUCGGGACCAAAAUUCGAAGGGACUUUUGACUUAUAAGAAGGCAUAUACGUCCCUCAAGAGAUGCCCGGUAACCUUCCAACAUCCUUCUCAAUUGCAACAAUUAAAAUGGUUUGGUACAACGUUGUGUAAUCGCUUGACCGAAAAAUUGAAGAAGCACUGCGAGGAUAAUGGAUUGCCUAUGCCUAAGCGUCCAAGGCAGUCUAUCAUUCCUGGCUUAGUUAACCAGGAUGACGAAGAAGAUAAUGCACCAGAAAGACCACCUAAGAGACGAAGGACGAAGCCUUAUGUACCAACUCUCAGGUCUGGCGCUUAUGCCAUCAUUAUAGGUUUGGCAACGCUUGAGGAAGGUGAUCGUAAUGGAAUGACAAAGCAACGGUUAAUCGAGGCGGCUCAACCUCAUUGCGAUGCCUCUUUUACCGCUCCUUCUGAUCCAAAAAGCUACUACACGGCUUGGAAGUCUAUGACGACCCUUGUCGAAAAGGACCUCGUCUAUGAACGCGGUAGACCAACUAGAAGGUACCAUUUGACCGAGGAGGGAUGGGACGUAGCACGACGGAUUCAACAAACAACAAACCCUGAUCAACCUAGACCAGCUGCGCCAAGAGCAGAACUAGAUCUUCAACCGGUUGAACCUGCUCCUCUCCCACGACUUGCCAAUAGGUCUCCAUCCCUGGAAAUACAAGAUCCGCCCAGGAAUGAAUCUAGCUAUUCCAAUGUCGUCGCUAAUGGCGAUCCGGCAUCAGGAAGUUCAGCUUUACCGAAUUUUAGGCCAAUUCGUCUUGCUCCUGGAUCCUUUGAGGUGCAUUUGGUAUUAGACACGCGUGAGAUCCGGGCAAUGUCUGAUAGAGACUACAUGCAAAAUGAACUGGCCAAGAAAGGCAUUAACCCAAUAAUGCGUGCUCUGGAACUGGGUGACGCCCUCUGGGUGGCCAGAUGUCACGAUGCAAACUUCCUUCCUCGACUUGGCGCCGAGGGAGAUGAAAUCGUGCUCGAUUAUAUCGUGGAGAGAAAACGGCUUGAUGACUUGAUUGGAAGUAUCAAAGACGGCCGUUUCCACGAACAAAAGUUUCGCCUAAAACGAUCCGGCAUUAAGAACGUCGUUUACAUCGUCGAAGAGGUCUCUAUGGAUUCGGAAACGCUGGAAAAACGUGCAGAAAUGGUGCAGUCCGCUAUUGGGUCGACACAGGUGGUUAACGGCUUCUUUGUGAAAAAGACGCAGAAGAUGGAUGAUACUAUCCGAUAUCUCACGCGGAUGACUAUGCUGCUAAAGAAGCAAUACGAAAGCAAACCACUACUCGUCAUCCCCACCGAAAUCCUUACCGCGCAGAACUAUCUCCCACUGCUUGAGCAUCUUCGACAGAAGGAGCCCACCACAGGGCAUUAUAUCACCUACCCAGCAUUCGCAUCUUUGGCGUCGAAGUCAGACAUGAUGACGCUGCGGGAUCUGUAUCUAAAGAUGCUGAUGUGCACCAGACAGGUCUCUGGAGAGAAAGCGCUCGAGAUCCAAAAGAGAUGGAAGACACCUUACGAAUUCGUAAAGGCUUUCGAGGACUGUGGCGGCGGGGAACAGGGCAAGAAGCGCAAACGCGAGAUGGUCUUUGAGCAGAUGGGGGGCCUGUUUGGACGCAAGAGGAUUCCGAAGCCGCUCAGCCAGAAAAUUGCCGACGUUUGGACCGACAUGUAAACCUGACAAUUGCCGUGUCGAAUCCGAAUUUGGAGUCAAUGACUUGGUACACUGAAGCGCCAUUCUUCAUUGUCAGUAUCUAGGUAGACAACACCCCAGCUUAUUAUCCAUAUCGGUUACUGGCUUGACGUGUAUAUCAGAUGGUAUGGUGGUCCUUGAUUAUUCUUCGAUGCGAAUAUGUCACGGCAUCGGAAAUGGAUAUAUCCUCGACUUGAGCAUUUACAGUCAGCCUAUAGUAAAGCAAAGCAUCCCAG